AUGGUAAUUCCUGCCGAGAUGGGUCACAAGAAAGCAGUUGCAGACGAUCUUCUGGGCGACAUCCCCGACACUGCGAUCCAGCAUGGCCACUCCUUUGCGAUGCAAGCCUUCGCCAUCAAUAAGGAGUUGGCCGACAAGACCAAGGAAGCCGCUGCUUUGCAAAGGACCAUCAACAAGGCCGAGACAAAGAUGAAGAACUUGACAGAUCAGGCCGAGGCAGCCAAGAAGGCUCAGGAGCAUGCCGAGGAAAAGGCUGAUGCUGCGAAGGCUAUUGCUGCGAAGGCUAUUGCCAAGGCGAUCCAGCAUGGCCACUCCUUUGCGAUGCAAGCCUUCGCCAUCAAUAAGGAGUUGGCCGACAAGACCAAGGAAGCCGCUGCUUUGCAAAGGACCAUCAACAAGGCCGAGACAAAGAUGAAGAACUUGACAGAUCAGGCCGAGGCAGCCAAGAAGGCUCAGGAGCAUGCCGAGGAAAAGGCUGAUGCUGCGAAGGCUAUUGCUGCGAAGGCUAUUGCCAAGGUCCUUGCGGCCGAAAAGAAAGAGACCGAGGCAAAGAUGGCCGAGGCCCAAAAGAAACUCUAG